AUGUCUGGUCUGUUCCUCCCUCCGUCGCAAAUAGAGAAGAUUCCAGUUGUCUUCUUGUGUCAGUACGGCUGAGGAUGCCAGCUCCGAUCAGACUGCGGGAGCUGAUCCGGACCAUCCGGACAGCUCGUACCCAGGCAGAGGAGCGAGAGAUGAUUCAGAAAGAGUGUGCUGCCAUAAGGUCAUCCUUCAGAGAAGAGGACAACACUUAUCGCUGUAGAAAUGUGGCAAAACUGCUUUAUAUGCACAUGUUGGGCUACCCUGCACACUUUGGUCAGUUGGAGUGCCUCAAGCUGAUCGCAUCUCAGAAGUUUACUGACAAACGGAUAGGCUAUUUGGGAGCCAUGUUGCUGUUGGAUGAACGGCAGGACGUCCAUUUAUUAAUGACAAACUGCAUUAAGAAUGAUCUGAAUCACAGCACACAGUAUGUUCAGGGGCUGGCCCUUUGUACUCUGGGCUGCAUGGGCUCCUCAGAGAUGUGUCGUGACUUGGCUGGAGAAGUUGAAAAGCUCCUCAAAACGUCAAAUUCCUAUUUGAGGAAAAAGGCAGCGCUUUGUGCAGUCCAUGUCAUCCGGAAAGUCCCAGAGCUGAUGGAGAUGUUCCUCCCUGCAACAAAAAACCUGCUGAGUGAGAAAAACCAUGGUGUUCUCCACACAUCAGUGGUUCUACUCACUGAAAUGUGUGAACGGAGCCCUGACAUGCUCUCUCACUUUAGAAAGAAUGAGAAGCUGGUUCCGCAGCUGGUGCGAAUCCUGAAGAACCUGAUAAUGUCAGGGUAUUCUCCUGAGCAUGAUGUGUCCGGCAUCAGUGACCCUUUCUUGCAGGUGCGGAUAUUGAGGCUACUGAGAAUUCUGGGAAGGGGCGAUGAUGACUCUAGUGAAGCUAUGAAUGACAUUCUGGCACAGGUUGCUACCAACACAGAGACGAGUAAAAAUGUUGGCAAUGCAAUCCUUUAUGAGACAGUUCUUACCAUUAUGGACAUCAAAUCAGAGAGUGGAUUGAGGGUGUUAGCUAUCAAUAUCCUGGGCCGCUUUCUUCUGAACAACGACAAAAACAUCAGAUAUGUUGCACUGACAUCCCUAUUGAAGACUGUGCAGACAGACCAUAAUGCAGUGCAAAGGCAUCGGAGCACCAUUGUGGAUUGUUUGAAAGAUUUGGAUGUGUCAAUCAAACGACGUGCGAUGGAGCUCAGCUUUGCACUGGUGAAUGGAAACAACAUCAGAGGCAUGAUGAAGGAGCUGCUUUAUUUCCUGGACUCCUGUGACCCAGAGUUCAAAGCCGACUGUGCGUCGGGAGUCUUCCUUGCUGCUGAGAAGUAUGCACCCUCCAAAAGGUGGCACAUAGACACCAUUAUGAGAGUUUUAACAACGGCGGGCAGUUAUGUCCGGGAUGACUCUGUCCCCAACCUCAUCCAGCUCAUCACCAACAGUGUGGAGAUGCAUGCCUACACUGUGCAGAGGCUCUACAAAGCAAUACUGGAUGAUAUCUCACAGCAACCUUUGGUCCAGGUGGCCUCUUGGUGCAUAGGAGAGUAUGGAGAUCUGUUGGUCUCAGGCCAGUGUGAGGAGGAAGAGCCCAUUCAGGUUACUGAAGAUGAGGUCUUGGAUGUUUUGGAGGGCCUUCUGGUCUCUAACUUGUCCACUCCCGUCACUCGGGGUUAUUCCUUGACUGCCAUUAUGAAGCUGUCUACUCGUUUCAGCAGUGUGAACCGAAUCAAAAAGGUGGUUUCAAUAUAUGGUAGCAGCAUAGAUGUGGAACUGCAGCAGAGAGCUGUGGAGUACAAUGCACUUUUCAAGAAAUAUGAUCACAUGAGGCCUGCUUUACUGGAGAGAAUGCCCAUAAUGGAGAAAACAGCAACUAAUGGUCCUACAGAGAUUGUGCAGACUAAUGGAGAGACUGAGUCGUCUGUGCUGGAUACAAAGCACCCAGCCACUGUUCCCCAACCGGCCAACCAAGCAAACGAUUUGUUAGACCUUCUCGGUGGUAAUGAUGUCGUGCCAGUGAUCCAAACAGCCCUACCAACAAAACCUGCAUCAGCGGGGGGAGAGCUCCUGGACCUGCUGGGGGACCUUUCUUUGACAGGUGGCCCAACUCCUGCACCCGCUCCCUCUGUACCCAUUUCCCAGCCUCCUUUCCUCCUGGAUGGCCUCUCCUCACAACCUCUCUUCAAUGACGUUGCAGCAGGUAUUCCACCUAUGACAGCAUACAACAAGAAUGGACUGAAAAUAGAAUUCACUUUUGAAAGGUCGAACCCGAACCCCAACAUUGCAGUCAUCACCAUCCACGCCUCCAAUUCCACUGAGGCAGAUAUGACCGAUUUUGUUUUCCAGGCUGCAGUACCAAAGACAUUCCAGCUGCAGCUCCUCUCUCCCAGCAGUAACAUAGUCCCAGCACUUAACCAGGGAACUGUCACACAGGUCAUCAGGGUGCUUAACCCACAGAAGCAACAGUUGCGAAUGAGGAUCAAGCUGACGUACACAUACAAAGGCUCUCCUGUUCAAGACUUGGCUGAGGUCAACAACUUCCCCCCACAGUCUUGGCAGUGAUUUGCUGCCCUCUCAAUCUUAAGGACCCAUCAAGGGAACUAUGGGAAAGAUCUCUCCUCCCUCCCGUCCCUGACUGACCCCUCCCCUUGACAUCACUGCAGGCUGCUGCCCCGAGUUGCAUGGGAAGCAGUGAAAUCUUCUUAAUACAGUGUGUGUGUAUGUAUGUAUGUGUGUGUGUG